AUGGCACACGAGGUCAAUGGCUCGUCCGGCCCCACCCGAGUGAGCAUUCUCGGUAGCGACGACAUUAUCGUCGACCAUGGCCUUUGGCGCACCUUCGUAACCGAUGACCUUCUCGACAACCUCUCCUCCUCCACCUACGUUCUGAUCACCGACUCGAAUAUCAACCCCCUCUAUGUGCCGUCCUUCGAAUCCCAGUUCCGCGACGCCGUCGCCCGGCGCAAUGUCCAGUCCCGCCUGCUCACCUACACCAUCCCGCCAGGCGAGACUUCCAAGGGCCGUGAGACCAAGGCCGAGAUUGAGGACUGGAUGCUUUCCCAGCAAUGCACUCGCGAUACCGUCAUUAUCGCCCUCGGUGGCGGUGUCAUUGGCGACAUGAUCGGCUAUGUCGCCGCUACCUUCAUGCGCGGUGUGCGCUUCGUCCAAGUGCCCACAACCCUGUUGUCCAUGGUCGACUCGUCCAUCGGCGGCAAGACAGCCAUCGAUACACCCAUGGGCAAGAAUCUCAUCGGCUCCUUCUGGCAACCCCGCCGCAUCUACAUUGACCUCGCCUUCCUCGAGUCUCUGCCCGUGCGCGAGUUCAUCAACGGCAUGGCCGAGGUCGUUAAGACGGCUGCCAUAUGGGAUGAGCAAGAAUUCGUUUUCCUAGAGGAAAAUGCUGCUAAUAUCCUGGAAUCCUUCCGAGCCCCCAGUACCCCCGACGACCCUGGCGCUCGUCUACGGCCUAUCCGCUCUACUCUCAAACGCAUCGUAUUAGGCUCUGCUCGCGUUAAAGCUGAGGUUGUCUCUAAGGAUGAGAAGGAGGGUGGCCUACGAAACUUGCUUAACUUCGGCCACUCCAUCGGUCAUGCCAUUGAGGCCAUCCUUACGCCACAAGUGCUUCACGGCGAGUGUGUGGCUAUUGGUAUGGUCAGGGAAGCUGAGCUGGCUCGUUUUCUCGGUGUUUUGAAGCCUGGUGCCGUUGCCCGCUUGACCAAAUGCAUCGCGAGCUUCGAUUUGCCCACUUCGCUCCAAGACAAACGUAUAGUUAAAAUGACGGCGGGAAAACCCUGUCCCGUUGAUGUCCUCCUGGAUAAGAUGGCCGUCGACAAGAAAAACGAUGGAAGAAAAAAGAAAAUUGUGCUUCUUUCUGCUAUUGGCAAGACCUACGAGCCCAAAGCCAGCGUAGUUGAAGAUAGUGCCAUCCGCGUAGCGCUAUCACCAGCUGUUCGUGUCACGCCUGGUAUUCCCCGGGACCUGAACGUACAAGUAACGCCUCCUGGUUCCAAGAGUAUCUCGAAUCGUGCUCUCGUCAUGGCUGCACUAGGAGAAGGUACUUGUCGAGUCAAAAACCUCCUCCAUUCUGAUGACACACAGUACAUGCUGUCGGCCAUUGCCCAAUUAAACGGUGCCACGUACUCAUGGGAGGAUGCCGGAGAAGUUUUGGUUGUCACCGGAAAGGGUGGUAAGCUUCAGGCGAGCGGGGAGCCGCUCUAUCUUGGAAAUGCUGGUACAGCAUCUCGAUUUCUAACAAGUGUUGUGGCUCUCUGCAACCCCUCCAAUACCAACUCAACUGUUUUAACCGGCAAUGCGCGUAUGAAGGUUAGACCUAUCGGGCCUCUCGUAGAUGCCCUCCGAUCCAAUGGUCUCAAUGUCGAGUACUUGGAAAAGACUGGCAGUCUGCCUGUCCAGGUCGGCGCUUCUAGUGGUUUAGGUGGUGGUGUUAUAGAGCUGGCUGCGACAAUAUCAUCGCAGUAUGUUUCGUCUUUGCUGAUGUGUGCUCCUUACGCCAAAGAACCCGUGACGCUCCGCCUCGUUGGUGGGAAACCCAUCUCUCAACUGUACAUCGACAUGACGAUUGCCAUGAUGCAACAAUUUGGCAUUGCUGUGACCAAGUCCGAGAACGAACCGCAUACAUACCAUAUUCCGCAAGGUGUUUACAAAAACCCGGCUGAGUACGUUGUUGAAAGUGAUGCUAGCUCAGCAACAUACCCUCUAGCCAUCGCUGCCAUAACUGGAACUACGUGUACGGUCCCCAACAUCGGCACCAGCUCUCUACAGGGUGAUGCUCGUUUUGCAGUUGAUGUUCUGCGGCCCAUGGGAUGCACCGUCGAGCAGACAGCCACCUCGACCACAGUAACUGGCCCUGCUCCGGGUUUACUGACGGGUAUCGAGGUUGAUAUGGAGCCCAUGACGGACGCCUUCCUCACAGCAUCGGUGCUCGCUGCCGUGGCAUCGGGCAAGACUACUAUUACCGGCAUUGCCAACCAGCGCGUCAAGGAAUGCAACCGCAUUGCUGCCAUGAGAAUACAGCUGGCAAAAUUCGGCGUCCAAUGUGAGGAGCUUGAAGAUGGUAUCAUCGUCUCGGGGAGAAAGUAUCAAGACUUGACUGAGCCCAAGGGAGGCAUUUACUGUUACGAUGAUCACCGCGUUGCCAUGAGCUUCAGUGUGCUAUCUGUGCUGUCGCCACACCCUGUGGUUGUGCUUGAGCGUGAAUGCACUGCCAAGACGUGGCCAGGUUGGUGGGACGUAUUAGCGCAGUCAUUCAAGGUAGAACUAGCUGGCGACGAUACUGAGGCCCAUGAUACCAAAGCCUCCAAAGCCGAUGAUAUAGGACCCUCCGUCUUUAUCAUCGGUAUGCGUGGCGCAGGCAAGACUACUACGGGUGGUUGGAUGGCAAAGAUUCUAGGAAGACCGUUCAUCGACCUUGACGGAGAGCUCGAGAGACGAGCCGGGAUGACGAUACCGCAAAUGAUCCGUGAGAGCGGACGAGGGUGGGAAGGCUUCCGGCAAGAUGAAGUUGCGCUUCUAGCAGAUGUCAUGAAGAAGCAAGGCCGAGGGCACGUAUUUUCGUGCGGUGGCGGUAUUGUUGAAACUCCAGAGGCGAGGGAGUUGCUCAUCUCUCAUCAUCGCAACGGUGGUAUAGUCCUCCUCGUCCAUCGUGAUCUUGAACAGAUGGUAGAAUAUCUCAUGCGGGAUAAAACUCGUCCGGCAUACACGGAGGAGAUUCGUGGCGUAUACGAAAGGCGCAAACCAUUUUUUCAGGCGUGUAGCAACUAUGAGUACCAUAGCCCCUAUCUAGAUCCAUCCGGCGGUCUCCUUGAGCCACCCGCCGACUUGGUGCAAUUUGCCUCGAUCAUCGGUGGGAAGAGUACUCACUUCGACGAUGUCCAGAAGAAGAAGCCGUCCUUCUUCGUCUCGUUAACGAUGCCUAAUGUGUCUUCCGGGCUCGACAUAAUUCCAAGAGCUUGCGUUGGCUCUGAUGCGGUUGAACUCCGUGUCGAUCUACUCGAUGAUCUAUCACUGGAAUCGGUGGGCAACCAAAUCUCACUUCUCCGCUCGGCAACAAAAUUGCCCAUCGUCUUCACUGUCAGAUCUAAAUCCCAGGGCGGCCGGUUCACUUAUGAUUCCGAGGAGGAGAUACUUCCUCUGUACAGGACGGCUAUGCGUAUUGGCGUCGAGUACGUUGAUCUGGAGAUGGGUCUCUCUGAUGCUACAAUAAGGUCAAUAUUGGAGUUGCGCGGAGGGUCUACACGUGUUAUUGCCUCCCAUCACGAUCCGGAGGGUAAGCUCUCCUGGAAGAAUGGCGGCUGGCAAGCAUGGUAUAAUAGAGCGCUCGAAUACGGCGACGUAAUCAAGCUCGUCGGCGUAGCAAAGAAGAUGGACGACAACUUCGCCCUUGCCAACUUCAGGAACAGGAUGUUCGCAGCACAUGGGAAGCCCAUCAUCGCUCUCAACAUGGGCACCGUGGGCCAACUGUCCCGCAUACUGAACAGCUUCCUUACACCAGUUUCACAUCCCGACCUCCCCUUUAAGGCAGCGCCUGGGCAGCUCUCAGCGGCCGAGAUUCGCCGUGGUCUAACAUUGGUCGGAGAACUAGAGAAGAAGAGAUUCUACCUAUUCGGUAAGCCAAUCUCGUUAUCACGGUCACCGGCCUUGCAUAACGCUCUUUUCCAACAAGCGGGUUUGCCACAUGAAUACUCUCUCUUUGAGACCGAUGUUGCAAACGAUGUGCGGGAUCUAAUCCGGUCACCCGAUUUUGGUGGCGCAUCGGUCACGAUACCACUCAAACUCGAUAUCAUGCCUCUAGUAGAUGAGAUUUCGGAUAGUGCCAAAACGAUUGGCGCCGUCAACACCAUUAUACCGAUACGGUCUGAAGAGGGCAACGUUCGCCUUGUUGGUGAAAAUACCGACUGGACGGGCAUGGCCUACUCCCUGCGUGCUGCCGGACUCAUGUUGCCAGCUAACUCAGAAGACAAAACCUUUAGCGGUAUGGUAGUAGGAUCUGGUGGCACCACGCGAGCGGCUAUUUACGCGCAACACUCGCUAGGCUUCAGCCCCAUCUAUCUCGUGGCGCGAAACAAGAGCACGGUUGAGGAGAUCAUCUCCUCGUUCCCGCAGGAUUACAACCUCGUGCACGUAGAAGACGCCAGCCAUGUCCGCCAACUGCCAAGCGUCAUCAUCAGCACAGUGCCGGCCGACCGACCCGUUGACACGUCAAUGCGAGAGCUGUUGGUGUCAGUGUUGAGGCAACCACGGCAAACAGGGCGAAGUCGCAUCUUCCUCGAGAUGGCGUACAAGCCCCGACACACUCCGCUCAUGGGACUUGCAGAGGAUUCAGGCUGGAUCACGAUCCCAGGUCUCGAGGUGCUUACGUCUCAGGGAUAUUACCAGUUCCAACUCUGGACAGGCAUCACACCUCUCUUCUCAGAUGCGCGAGCAGCAGUACUGGGCGAGUAA